AUGGAAACUCAUGUGGAUGCAUCGAAGGUUUACGAGGUGUGUAAAAAAGUUUGUCCGUCUUGGAGCUGGGUAUCGAAUGUUAGUUGCUGUAGCAAGGGAACUCGGAUUAUGGUAGGGUGGGAAGCGAAUCUGGUAGAUGUUAUGAUAUUAGACCAAUCAGACCAAAAUAGAAGGAGUCUGUGGGAGAACUUAUGUAGGCAUCAUUCGUUUAUGAAAGAUAAGCCGUGGGCUCUAAUGGGAGACUUUAAUUGUUCAUUAUUCUUGGAUGAUUCUCUAGCGGGAUCUUCUACGAGUAAUAUAGGAAUGGAAAAAUUUAAGGAGUGUGUCAACUCGAUCGAGGUGCUUGAUAUAAAUAGCUCGGGUCUUCACUUUACGUGGUCGAAUAAGCAGCAAGAUACUAGAGCAAUUUUUAAGAAAAUUGAUCGAAUUCUUGGGAACAUGAAAUUUAUUGAUACAUUCCAAUCGGCUUCAGCUUUAUUCCACCCAUAUCGGAUAUCGGAUCACACUCCGUGUAUCCUUGUUUUACCAAAUAUUGUCAGAGAUAAACCGAAACCAUUUAAGUUUGUGAAUUUGCUAGCUGAUAAAAAAGAAUUUAUGGGGGAAGUUGAGCGAGUCUGGGGUACGGACAUCCGGGGGGUUACCAUGUUCCAAGUUGUCAGAAAACUGAAGUUGUUGAAAACUCCCAUGCGAAAGCUUAUGCAACAACAGGGUAAUCUUCAUGAGAGGGUGAAACGAGUGCGGAAGGAGAUGGAUGAUUGUCAGCGUGAAUUGGAUGGUAAUCCGACGAAUGGUGAGUUAAUGAAAAAGCAAUCGGAAGUGUUACAACUUUAUAAAAUAGCCGUUCGUGAUGAAGCGUUGUUCCUUCAACAAAAGUCGAAAGUAGAUUGGUUAGCCUUGGGGGACUCGAAUACGAGGUACUUUCAUAAUGUAGUGAAAGCUAAGAAUCAUAGGAGUAGAAUCUUUUCUGUUCGAGACGCGUCUGGUAAAGUUUUUGAAGGGGGGAGUGUGCCGCAAGCCUUUGUGGAUCAUUACACUCAGUUUUUCGGGACAACUAUGAACGUUAAUGUUCUUCCCACUCCGGAUUUGUUUCAUAGUGUUCUUUCGGCUGAGAAAGCGGGGAACAUGGUUCGUGAAGUAACGGAUGACGAGAUCAAAAAAGCUUUGUUCUCUAUACAAGGAAAUAAAGCUCCUGGGCCGGAUGGAUAUACUUCAGUCAAGAUUAUAAGUAAUCGUAUUAAGGAAGGGUUGCUAGAUAUUGUUAGUAUCAAUCAAUCAGCGUUUGUUCCAGGAAGACGCAUAUCGGAUAAUAUUCUCUUAAAGCAAGAAUUAAUGCACAACUAUCAUCGUAAUGUUGGUCCUCCUAGGUGUGCAUUUCAAAUUGAUAUCCAGAAGGCAUAUGAUACAGUCGAAUGGAGGUUUUUGGAGGCUACGUUAAAAGGUUUUGGGUUUCAUGUGAAGAUGGUGAAUUGGAUUAUGGCUUGUGUUUCUUCCUCGACCUUCUCUUUGGCUAUAAACGGGAACCUCUUUGGUUAUUUCAAAGGCAAAAGAGGACUACGACAGGGAGAUCCCAUGUCUCCAUAUUUGUUUACUUUGGUUAUGGAAGUUCUUACAUUGUUACUACAAAAACAGGUAUCAGUUUCUAAUGAGUUCAGAUUCCAUAAUAAAUGUGAAAGACAAAGAAUCAUCAACCUGUGCUUUGCGGAUGAUCUGUUCAUGUUUGCGAGAGGUGAUCAAAACUCUGCUAUAGUUAUUAUGAAUGCCAUGAAGGAGUUCAAGAUGAUGUCAGGAUUGGUCCCUAGUUUAACUAAGAGCACAGUGUUCUUUGGGAAUGUGUCGGAUUAA